UUUAACAAAAGUAUUAUGGAUCCUUUCAUACCAAUCUAAACAACUCAAAAAUCAAUCAUAAGGAUGGCUCUGGAUGGUUUAAUGCUUUUCAUUAAAUUACCUUUAUUUGCAUUCCUCAUUGUAGAAAUAAUUAUCAUAAAUGAUUUGAUAUUUCGUUAAAUACAAAGGCUUGAAUUUCACAUUGUAAUUCAUAAAUUUAUAAGAAUAAUAAUCUUAUUACACAAUUACAUAAGUGGAAGAUUACUAUUGUUAGUUUUGGGAUAUUUUAAAUAUAAAUCUCUCUUUCAUAGUUCAGCACCAAAUUUCAAACAUGUAAAUUUACAAUCUUAUUGCUUUUAUUGUACAAGAACCUCUCCUAUUGAUGUUCUUGUUUUUAUAACAUAGUAAUUAAAAAUUUUAUAACUUAGUUUUUCUCCAUCAUUUACACAUAUUUCAAUUUAAAAAGAUAAAGUGAAAUGCAAAAUAAUUAGCUAUGGAAAAGCUAUAUUAGAGUCAUUUUAAAUAAGUAAAUGUAGCUUUUAAAAUUUUACGGAUGGAGAAAGCAUUAAGGAUUUAAUGAUUUAAAUUAGAAAAACUAGAACUGGACCUUUAAUACUAUUUUGGGAAGGAGGAAUAACAAAUGGAUAUUCUUUAUUGAAAAUUGACAAAGCAAUCAUUAAUGAAAUUUAUAAUAUCUGCACUUUUAGUUAGAUGCCUCUUCAACGCUCCCAUUAUUGCAAUUCAAAUCCUUAAGGCAUUUUAUGUUUACAGCAUGAAGAUAAAAUGAAUUUAAUUGGAAACAGCCCAUUUUAAAUGGUAAUUAACAUAUUAACAAACUCUUUUUGUAGUUUGGACAUGUUCUUCUUAAAAUGCCAAUCUUUUAACUUUUAAGAUCGCCUACCAGAAAUUUAUUAAAGUUUUGUUGAAGGUACAUUAAAAAGAGGAAUAGUAAAAUAUUUAUAUAUUAUUAGAGUAAUUAAUCAUGGAAAGAUUUUAAAAAGUAAUUUUAACAACAAUAUGUAUGAAACUAAUUUAGAUUAAAUUUAUGAGUAACUUUAUCAUUAAUCAUAUUAAUAUAUAUAUGGG